GGUCUAUUGUUUAGGGUAUGGAGUAAGAGACACAUAUUCAACAUAUGAACGGGCUGGACGGCGAGUCAUUUAAUGAAAGUGCACCAGCCACAAGCGGCAACAACAGCCGAAGCAGCAGCAGCAGCAGCUGGCAACAAGUUGCACGCAUGCGCAGCGAGGCAUGAGAAGAGGAGAGCAAGAGAGAGACAGACAGAGAGGGAGAUAGAGGGAAGCCGAUAGUCGAUAGGCGCCCUGGACAAUUGUUGGGAUAAACUGCUUGGACGCUGAAAGUAUUAAUUUAUUGUGAUUAUUUGUAAAUAAUAAAAAUGAUGGAGGAAGUUUGUCGGUGCUGCAUGAAGAACAGCUCACCUCUGUCAAACAUUUUUGCACCUCUACAGACAUCACAAAACAAUCACAAAUAUGCAGCCGACGUGCUUAACGAACUCGCCAAUAGCAAAAUUAUUGUAAAUGAUGCUUGGCCACAAUUUGUUUGCAGCAAUUGCAUUGUAGAGGCAGAAAAUGCAUUAGGCUUUAAACGUAUGAUGGAGCGAAACCAUCAGCUUUUUAUCGACCAUCGUCAAACAACAACAAUUAAAGUGGAGUUUGUGCAACCAGAUCCGGAACUCGUCGAACUCUGCAAUAUGCUGGAUGAUUUUCUGCCAAUUGAGGAGUCCAAAAUUCAACAUGUACAGCCAAUGAGAGAAGUUAAUCAAAUUAAGGAAGAGAAAUCUCCGUCACGCCCAUAUCCGUUUAGACUGCGACGCGUGAAGUCUUAUUCUACACCUGCCAAGAACAGUAAAAAUUCACGGCAUGUUAAAAAGUGCUCCCCUGUCAAAAAAUUGGACUUGAUCGAAUUUGAGUAUGGGAUCCCUAAAUGCCCGUAUUGUGGAAUGGUUGCGAGCAGCAAAGGCAAUCUACAAAAUCACAUCCGCACACAUACUGGAGAGCGUCCCUUUAAAUGCGAGGAAUGCCCAAAACGUUUCGUCCAAGCCAGUGCACUCAUAGUACAUCGUCGCUGUCACACUGGAGAGACGCCUUUUGCUUGUCGAAAAUGCCCAAAAGCCUUUAAACAACUUGGAAAUCUGGAAUCACACUGGCGUCAUCAUCCAAAACAUGCUACUAAAAAGAAACCAUUAAAGCGCUCGAACGCGAAAGCUUGACCAAAAUAGUAGAAUUUAAAAAUUAAGUACAUUGUAAAAUAUUUAAGAAUAGUUUGUAAAU